AUGACGACCAGAGCGUGGAGCUGCUCCCGCUGUACAUUCAAGAACGAGGCGUGUGUGCAUCAAUGCGCCAUGUGUGACAGUGUACGACUUGCUGUAUCGCUUCCGAUUGGUUCUCCAUCAGUCGCUUCUAUUCGUAGCAUCAAGAAGAAGACAAACAUAAAGACGUCGCAGUCUCUGCUCUUUAGUGUCGGUAGUUCAGUAGACAAGGAACAGGAACGUCUACAGAAGAAGUUGCAGCAACUUAAGGAACUGGGUAUUGAGUUGCCAGAUGACGAGACGAUGGCGUUGCUGCAACGUAAUUGCUUUAGUGUCUCAGGUGCGGCCUCGGAGUACUUUGAUCGACGGACCAAGGAGGAUUCAUUGACUGCAGCUCCAGCAGAUAAGAGAGCAGAGCGUCGACUGGAAGAGCUUCUAAUGAAGCUGGGAAAAGAGGAGUUGAACUGUCAUGUGUUGGGCAAGAUGAUCAUGCAAGGCUCAGUGAACCGUCAGGGUGUGAAGCUCCAUGCGGGUGAGGAAUUACUGCUGCAGGCGGAAAACGCCGGUAAGAAAAGGCUGAGAUCGGGACUAUCGGCUACUUCCAUGGUAUCAGGCAUUGUGAGAAUUGCUACCAUGGAGCACUUGCAGAUUGGACGAUUGGAAAGGAAAAUGGAGCUAUUGCUGCAUCCGUUGAUGAAGAGAGGACUUGUGAAACUUGCAGGAGUGUGUGAGACGCCACCGGUGUCGUCCCAUAUGUUUGCAUCCUUUGAUUUGACGGUAUUCAUCUAUGUCAGUGUGAAGGCGUUCGACGUGUUCAUAGAGGGUGACCAGAACUUUUCCCUUUCCGAUCAAGUGUAUAGUUUACUGCAGAUUGUCCAGGGAGCAGACUCCUCCUCUUUGGAUGCGUUAGCUACGCGACCAACCUCUGAGGCGAAAGAUCCGUCGUUGCAAGUGAACCCGCAAGACCUUGAUACUCUUUUCUCCGAGUGCGUCGGAGCAAGCAGUCUUCACAACUCGGUUGAUGGUUUGAAUGAGGAUCCGUCGGAGCACCUUACACAGUAUCUGCAUUCUAUCAAGCUGCGAGAUCACCAGAAGCAAGCAUUGAGAUGGAUGCUGUGGCGAGAAGACCAAAUGAGCGAUGACGUCGGUGAGCAAGAGAGUAACGAUCCUAUGUGGGAGAAGCGUCAAUUCCGAUCCAAGAGCUUUUACUACGUGAACCCCUUCGAGAAAAGUGCGUCGUUAACUCGACCAGAACCUCCUGCCCCCUGCCUUGGUGGAAUUCUGGCGGAUGACAUGGGAAUGGGCAAAACGAUGAUGAUGCUUUCUCUAAUUGCUUACCAAAAGCACAUGGGCGAAGAAAGAUUGACCAACGACAAUAUCCCAACUCAGGCAAAACGGGAGGCAACAGGCAAGACUCUCGUGAUAUGCCCGUUGAGUUUGCUUCACCAGUGGAAAAAUGAAGCUUUGGAACGUUUUCUUCCUAACACCCUAAGCGUUUACGUGUACUAUGGCGACGAUCGUGGCACACGUACCAAGCUCACAAUGGCACCUUUCAGCAAGAAUGAUAUUGUUCUUACAACCUACGGAGUGCUGUCAGCCGAGUUUGGAAAAAACGGUCCGGUUGCGACGACCAAGUGGAACCGUAUCAUUCUUGACGAAGCCCACAGCAUAAAGAACAGGGCCACAGGCUACUUCAAGACGUGCUCUGCCCUAAAAGCUACGCAUCGAUGGUGUUUGACGGGCACUCCAAUUCAGAACACUUUAGAUGACGUUUUUGCACUGCUUUGCUUCCUCGAGUACCAGCCCUGGUGUCGAGUUGCGUGGUGGAAACGCGUGAUUACAAAACCGUACGAAGACGGCGACGAUGUGAACGCACUUGGCCGGCUAAAGGUGAUUCUAACGCCAAUACUGCUUCGUCGCACCAAGCAAUCGCGAGAUAAGCUGGGCAAUAUGAUUGUUCACCUUCCACCGAAGCACGUCGACUUGGUUAAAUUGGAGUUCUCCCCUGACGAGCGCACCUUUUACCAGGCAGUAUACGAUAAAAGCCGAGCAGAAUUUAACGGCUUUGUUGCGAGUGGCACAGCUAUGACGAGUUAUGUUGCCAUUUUCGCGCUGUUGCUCCGUCUCCGUCAGGCCUGCGACCACCCUUUGCUUGCACUCGGUAAAAAAUUCGAGCAUGCGUUGAAGCGUGAUGACAAAAAGGCAGGAGUAAACACAGCAGCACAGACCAGAUUAGCUUUCCAGCCUCAACAGAAUGAGAGCCGUGAAGCGUACUACCAGCGCAUUGCCGCACAACUGCAGACAGAUAUGCAGGCCAGCAACUGUGAACGGUUGCUUGACAACGGACAUGAUGUUUCGGACGACAAAGAAGGUAACUCGACAGGGGGGCUAACGGCCUCUUAUAUUCAGAAUGUGAUAGCUCAGGUCGAAGACGGCUUGGAAGCUCAUGAGUGUCCAAUCUGCUUGGACCCGCCGCGCAAUGCAGUGUUGACACCAUGCGCUCAUAUAUUGUGCGUCCAGUGCCUUCGAGAAAGUCUCUUAAACGACCCGGAAAAUGGCUGUCCCGUGUGCCGAGCUGUGGUCGACAUGGCGAAAGUUUUCAAGCUUCCGCCUCCUUCUGCUUCAAUGACAAAAGAUGAAAGCUCAGUCGAAAUGAAUACACCUGCUGUUGCCUCUGUGGCUGACGACGACGACGACGGCACGGGCUUCGAGUCUACCAAACUGCAGCAGCUGCUUCGCGAUCUGAAUGCCAUUAGGCUGGAGAACAAGAACGUCGAGUCGCCCGAACAAAAGCGAAAAGUGGUGGUCUUUUCGCAAUGGACGUCGAUGCUGGACAUGGUCUCUCUGCUGCUCUCGCGUCAUGGCUUUUCGCACUGCACGUUCAAUGGUGGACUAAACCAGGAGGCACGCGAGCGCGUAUUGACCAAGUUUGCCAAGGACCCGCACAUUGAAGUACUGGUCAUCAGUCUGAAAGCCGGUGGUGUGGGUCUGAAUCUCACAUGCGCAUCGGUCGUAAUCCUGCUUGAUCCGUGGUGGAAUCCUGGAGUAGAGGAGCAGGCCAUCGAUCGAGUGCACCGUUUGGGUCAGACUCAGGACGUGAUAGUGAAACGAUACGUGGUGAUGGACACAGUCGAAGACAUGAUUUUGCAGCUGCAAGAACGAAAAGAGCAAUUGGCAAAGCAUGUACUUGUUAUUGCCAAGACCCACGAUGAACGUCGCAGUGAGCGUCUUCAUAUCGACGACCUGCGCCGUUUUUUCCGGUAA